CCAACCCCACCCAGACCGCAGACCCUUCUAAUCUGCAGCUGUCGCCUCUGCUUCAGCCGCUGCGGUCGCUGGCCUGUAAGCCCUUUUCCAGGUAUCUGACCCAAUCCGCCUCCAGGGCCGGAUCUCUUUCUGGUGGGGGUCCUCCGCCAAGACCGCUGCCAUGCCGGUGACGGUAACCCGCACCACCGUGACAACCACAAUGUCGUCAUCCUCCGGCCUGGGCUCCCCGACCAUCGUGGGGUCCCCUCGGGUGCUGACCCAGCCGCUGGGCCUCCUCCGCCUGCUGCAGCUGGUCUCCACCUGCGUGGCCUUCUCGCUGGUGGCCAGCGUGGGCGCCUGGACGGGGCCCAUGGGCAACUGGUCCAUGUUCACCUGGUGCUUCUGCUUCUCCGUGACGCUCAUCAUCCUCAUCGUGGAGCUGGGCGGGCUCCAGGUGCGCUUCCCGCUGUCUUGGCGCAACUUCCCCAUCACCUACGCCUGCUACGCCGCCCUUUUCUGCCUCUCCUCCUCCAUCAUCUACCCCACCACCUACGUGCAGUUCUUGUCUCACGGGCGCUCCCGGGACCACGCCAUCGCCGCCACAGCUUUCUCCUGCAUCGCCUGCCUCGCCUACGCCACCGAGGUGGCCUGGACCCGGGCCCGGCCCGGCGAGAUCACCGGCUACAUGGCCACCGUGCCUGGGCUGCUCAAGGUGCUGGAGACCUUCGUGGCCUGUGUCAUCUUUGCCUUCAUUAGCGACCCGGGGCUGUACCAGAACCAGUCGGCCCUGGAGUGGUGCGUGGCCGUAUAUUCCAUCUGCUUCAUCCUGGCGGCCGUGGCCAUCCUGCUGAACCUCGGCGACUGCACCAACGUCCUGCCCAUCGCCUUCCCCACUUUCCUGUCAGGCCUGGCCCUGAUCUCCGUUCUCGCCUACGCCACGGCGCUGGUCCUCUGGCCACUCUACCAGUUCGACCAGAAGCACGGCGGUCAGCCACGACGGCAGUUGGAUCCCGGUUGCAGCAGAAGCCACGUCCACUACGUGUGUUUCUGGGACCGCCGGCUGGCCGUGGCCAUCCUGACAGGCAUCAACCUGCUGGCUUACCUGGCUGACCUGGUAUACUCAGCCCGCCUGGUUUUUGUCAGGGUCUGAGCCUCGUCCCCGGGGUGGGGCUCUCCCUAACUCCCCCUUCUCGCUGGAGGCCCUUCGCAGAGCUCUGGGCGCCCCACCCCGGUGUGCUCUUCCCGGCCCUUCCUUCCCCCUUGUCUGUGUCCCUCGCGCCUCCUCCUGCAUUGCCUCUCUUCCUGUUCUGUUCGGUUGCCACAUCCUGUUUUACUUCUGCCUGCUGUCUUUUCCCACCUUCUCUGCUUUGAGGCUCUCUUCUCUUUUCAUCCUGUGUGUUUCCACCUCUGCCUCCCUUCCUGACCCCUUGGGAGCUCUGAGCCUUCUUCCUUCUCAGCCCCACCAACCCCCCAUCCCACCUCCAAAGGUGCUGAGCUCCACUUCACACACCCCCUUUUGCAGCUGUUCAUACCCUGGGCCUCUGGAGGGGCCUCCUUGCCAAAGCAUGCCUGCCCGCCCUGGCUGUGCCUUAGUUGAUGUGUGUGUGUUAUGUGUAUGUGUGUGUCUGGCGGCGGGGGUCGGGUGGGUAGUUAGGAGUUGAACCCCCUUUCUCCUAGUGGGGAUGGGGGUGUGUACAGUGUUCCUCCCCUUUAAGUUAAAAAAAAAAAAAACUCUGGAGGUCAAUAAUUUCCAGUGGGCUGGAGGCUUAAAGCAUAGACCCUGGGUCCCUAGGCCCCGCCUGGUGCUCAGCCUCACCUGAGAUUGGCUCCAGAAUUUUUGCCAGGCUUAUUAAAAACCCACUGCCUAGAGGCCAUCUUAAAGGAAGCAAGAGAUAGACGUAUUCCAUCCCAAAGACUCUUUGCAGAGUCUUUGCAGCAAAGAACCACAGGGUCUUGAAGACAACUGUCUCAGGUAUUUGUGAGGGACAGGGAUGUGGCCCUCCAGCUUCAGUGUUAAAAAUAGCAUCUCCUGCCUUUGCUAGGAAGAAAAGAAAAUGGCCACUGCCAGCCUUCAAGGUGAUGUUAGCCUGGGUUUGUUUGUUUUUUUUCCUGGUCACAAGGGCAACAAUCACUGGUUGGCCCUGUUGUUAAAAGGGAAGUUUCUUAAAAUUUUUUUUUUCCUGGAGGGUGGGGUGGGGGGAUGGGAAUUGCUACUAUGCCAUAGUCAGAGGAAUCGCAUUGCACUGCUUCAGUGUGUGUGGUGCACACACGUGUGUUUCUGUGUGCUAAUUGCUUCCUGCUGCAGCUUCCUGCUUCUCUGGGACUCACGUGUAUAACAUGAUCUAUAUAAAUGUACAAAUAUAUUUUUUAUUUUUUUUUUAAUUCCCCGGAGCUUCUAAUUCCCAUCGGCCCCUGCUGUCAGUCAGUCACGGGAGAGAAGCCUUGUCCCUUCUCCCACAUCCAUAAUGUUCAUUCUUUUUUUUUUUAAACCUCAAUAUAAAGAUAAAAGAAAGA